GCUCACAUCCCGGUCCGUGGGCCCUGCACUGGUAAGUCUCGGCGUGUGGUCGCAGCUGGCUGAGGCAGUGGUGGAGGACAGAAAGGACAUGUCCGCGCAACGGCGUCGAGAAGUGGCGGCUGGAAUGACGGAUCUGUUCGAAAAUCCCAAGGGUGCCCCUGCUAUAGUUGAGGCCAUCCAAUCUAUACUGCAGCGUUUCGGGGGAGAGGGGCAGGUGGUCGGGGAAGUCCUCACUCUUUGUCGGGCGCUGCCCGACGCCGUCCCUGUAAAACUCCUGCUAGGGCAUCAAUUCGACAAGAUUGUGCAGAUCGGUUUUCAGUCAAGCAAUUGCAAAGAGCUCGCGGUGACGGUUCUGGCGGCAUGGGCAGAACAGCUCUAUGGUGCCCAGAAGUCAUCCGGCAAGGGAUCUAGCGGAAAGGGUGAUUCUACAUCGCCGGCAACACAUGAUAUCUGCCGUCUAACAGCAAUGAUUGCCCGACUCCUGGGAGACUGCAAAUGCGACGUUCAGAAGCUGCAAAGUUAUGGCUACCAUCAGCAGGUGGGCCGUGUACUCUGUGACCUGUGCAGCUUCAAUGCAGCCAGUUUCGGCCAAGUCUUACCUCCGGCUGAAACUGGGACACUGUGGAAUGCUCUGCUUUCCCUUCUUCGCUACCCAUCCGCCAAUUUGCAUGUGGAUGCGCUGUCAAGCAUGGUCUCCCUGGCGCGCCAUGCACCUGGCAUCACAACCAGUAUCGCUGGUACAUCGAGGCCUCCACUGGAGACCCUUCUGGGUGUUUCUGGAUUGCUGUGGGGUUUAGGAUUUAGGGUUAAGGUACCAUGA